GGAUCAGUACUAAUAUGGCUAUUAUUGUUUUCCAACGAGUAUUAGUACUGCCUUACUGGUAUCAUUGGGCCAUUCCGGCCCAGUUUUCCCAAUCCAAUUUAAAAGACUUCGGCCAUCGCAUCAAAGCCCAAUACUCUCCUCCUGCCCUCUUCGUCGCCUUCUUUUCCCAGUGAAGAACGCAUACCAGAUUUGCUCCUGAAUUUGGCGACCAGUUAUCGGACAGGUUUUCGGAUUAGCCAUGGCUUUGCAAGCUGGAAUGGGCUUAUCUAGAAUAGCCAUUUUACUGGGAGCAGGGUACACCACUACUGUUCUUAUCAAUAACGGCAAAUUAUCUGAAAUUCUGGGCGAUCUUCAGAAUUUUGUGAAAAGUCAUGAGGGUUCAGGGGAAGGUGGAGAAACUGAUGCAGCUCUUGCUGCGCAGGUUCGUCGUUUAGCCAUGGAGGUUCGGUCAUUGGUCUCGGAAAGACGCAUUACUGUUCUCAGUGGGGGUUCAAGUGGUAACGUAACAAAUCUUGUGGUUCCAAUUGCUGCUUUAGGGGCCCUAGGUUAUGGAUACAUGUGGAUUAAGGGAAUCAAAUUCUCUGAUCUUAUGUAUGUAACAAAGAGUAGUAUGGCAAAUGCAGUUUCCAACUUAACCAAACAUCUUCAGCAUGUUUCUGAUGCCCUAGCUGCAACGAAGAGACAUUUGACACAAAGAAUUGAGAAUGUAGAUGGGAAACUGGAUGACCAGAUUGAAAUGUCCAAACAAAUUAGAGAUGAGGUUAAUGAUGCACGUGGUGAUAUUUUUAAAAUUGAUAAUGAGGUAGAUGCAAUACAAAUGAUGCUGUCUGGCCUGGAUGGCAGGCUCCUUUCCUUGGAAGAAAAGCAGGAGAUUGCAAAUGUUGGUGUUAUGUAUUUAUGUGGUAGGGUCAAUGGAAGUAGAGUGAAAAUGCCCGAAAAACUGCAGGAACAUCUUCGAGUUGGUAUCUCAGCGCAUUCUGUCACGAGCCGCAAAGGCAUUAUGAGUGUGGUGGAGCCGGAGUCUGGUAAGCUCAUUACAGAUGGCAGCACCCAAGAUGUUUCUCCCAAGUCUGUUGAUCCAGUGAGAAGCGUGAUGAGGACGGCAUCAAUGAAGUGCUGCUGAUUAAGAGCUUCUACAAUUGUUAUUAAGUGUCUUUACAAGUAUGACUUUAAUAAAAAGUGGUUUGGUUUUGAAUAGUCAGUCGGUUAUCUUUUUGUUAAUAUUAGGACUGUCACCCCUAAACGAAGUCUGUGCAUUCAUUCUGUAUUUGAGUCUUCACAAUUAACCACACAAAGUAUUAACUAUACUUAAUUAUUCCAUCAUAGGGAUUGUAUUUCCUGUCCUGAUUUAACUGCUACACUUUCCUUUUUGUGAUGUUCCAAAAAAAAAAAAUCAAACUUAUUUUUUAAAAAAGUAAAGAAUAUGUGGUCUU